UUCAAUUUGAGUUUUUCAAUUUUAUUAUUUUUCUCAAAAAGUGCAUUGUAAUUUUUUAAAAUGGAAAGAAAGAAAAAUCGAUACAUGGUUUUUAAUACUUGCAAUCCACAACAUGGGUUCCCGAAGGGCGCAAGCGUCGAGGUGGGACGCGAACAAGAUGGGACGGGACGAUCUUGACAGUUUCAGCGUGGUUGGCAACAAACGACUCAAGAUAGAGACAAAAGGGAGAUACCUUUGGAAGACAAAAGGGAAGGCCUUUUGCCCAGCAGUGGGUCACAUAAUAUGGACUAUUAAAAAAAUCAAUUCAGAAAUAUAAUUGCGUAAAUAAAAGAUACAUUAAUACCUAAUAGAAUAAAAUUCUAAUUUUACUUGAAGUUAAAAUUUUUGUAUUAUUUCAUUUUUACUUUUAUUUACUAAAAUAAAAUUUAUUUCGAGUGUUAAAAACAAUGUGACUAUCAGCAAUGGGAUCGCCACAGCCUUAGGCACCUGGCCACUGCGGUAUACCAGCAAGAACAUGGCGGUGUCCACGCUGCCGUUACGACUGGCUCUCAACAAGCUCGCGGUCGCAGCCGACGGACAGACGCGGGAGCAACUCAUGACUAUAUUAGGUGUCGAUGAUGUAAAGGAUUUGCCAAAAUUCUUCCCUCGUUUGGAGAACCAAAUCAAGUGUCUCCGGGAUUCCGACCUGAUCAUGUUGAACAAAAUCUACGUGAACCAAAGUGACGCUCUUUCUCCCAGCUUUUUCGCCGAUUCUUACCAUAACUUUGGGGUACAAGUAGAGAAGAUAAAUUUUUCUUCCCAAAAUCCAGAUGGCGUUGUUCAUUUUGUUAACGAUUGGAUAGAAGCGGAUUCAUUUAAACGAAUUACAAAUUUGCUAUCGAAUAAUGAUAUCAAACGACAUUAUAACAUGAUUUUAGUGAAUGCUAUUCACAUGAAGCCAACGUGGGAGAAAACAUUUGACAUCCGUAUGUCGGUCAUGAAGCCGUUCCAGUACCAAAACUUGACUGAAAGCGCUCCAAUCAGAAUGAUGACUGAAGUGGAGAAAGACUUUUAUUACUAUCAAGAUAGCAAGAACAAAUUCCAGGUAUUAAUGAUUCACCUAUUGUGUGAUGGUUGCAAAAUCACCUACUUUCUUCCCAACAAAGUAACGGGCCUUCCUCAACUGUUGAGCCUACUGACGAGGAAUCCAGACAUAAUGCAAAACGCUGUGAAGAAUCUGAAGAUGGAAACACUUAAUGUGCGUCUACCAGUGAUGAAGAUGAAGAAUGCUAUGAAUUGGAAUGCUUACUUGCAUGAGUUGGGAGCCAGAAAGAUGUUUGACUAUAAAUCGUCUGGACUAGAUUCCAUGGCACAGUCUACUAAUUACUUCUUAGGGAAAGCGAUACAAAAAGUAUUCCUAGAAGUUGACGAGUUCGGAGUACAUAGAGUUGCACCGCACGUACCUAUCGCGCUGCCCGAGUUUAAAUACAAGCACACAAUACCACAGUUCGUUGCUGACCAUCCGUUCUUCUUCAAAGUGGAAAUUGAAGAAAAUGGCAUCUCUCAUGAGCUCCUUAGCGGCGUCUUUUAUGGGCCUGAGGAAGAUUCUCUUAUUCGUCAAAAGAUUGCUUGAUUUUCGUACCUAUUCAUUAUAAGAACUCAUAUUUUCGUAUAAGUGUUUAAAAUAAAUUUAUUUAAAAAUAUAUUUUAUCAAUCAAGGGGCUUUUA